AGGGGUCCUUUCCAGCCCACAGCUAAACAAAAGAAGCUUGAAAGGGAGAAAAUCUAUCAAACACUUCUUUAAAGCCGGGAGGUCCUCUGAUUUGCGCGUUUUCUACAUUGCGCUCUUUAUGAUAAACCGCAGCGCAUUUUGGAUAUUUCAAAGAGACACUUGGAAGCUUUUUAAUAGCCGUCUAUUGUCAGUGUGACAUGGGGUCACACUGCAGUGCGAUGACCUGUUUUUCACCUGUCGUGCUCCGAUACUUUGGAUUCGUGGACGUCUAAACGGGUUUGCUUUCGAGAAGACUUUCUCUGAACGAUCCUCCAAUACGCGCUCAGAUGCUCACCCGGGUCUGUGUCCGGUUUUGGCUCCAGUUUUUGAAACGAUCGCCUCAAGCCGGCGCAAACCUCUCACUGUCCGGGGUGACGCUGGAGCGAUGCAGUCCAACCUUUCAUCGGCAGUCGUGCUAUGCUUCCAGGCCCUAUUACUGCUGUACAGCCCAUUACAGGUUCAUACAGUGUUAGCAGUGGAAAAUGUUAACUUUGGAGUGCACGUGGAGAACCAGACAGGCGUGCGGGACGGUCUGAGCCGGAAGCACCACAGAGUUUAUCAACUAUACAGCCGGACCAGUGGAAAACAUGUCCAGGUGCUCGGGAAGAAAAUUACAGCUAUGGGAGAGGAUGGAGACAAAUAUGCUCAGCUCGUGGUGGAGGCCGACACCUUUGGGAGUCAAGUGAGGAUACGAGGGAAGGAGAAAAACUAUUAUCUGUGCAUGAACCGAAAGGGAAAGCUUUUGGGGAAGAAAGCCAGUACUGCAAAUGGAGGCUGUGUCUUCAUUGAAAUAAUGCUGGAGAACAACUACACUGCUUGGAUGUCAGCGCGCUACGUUGGCUGGUACGUAGGCUUCACCAAAAGGGGUCGUCCACGCCGGGGACCAAACACAUUACCCAAUCAGAGAGAUGUGCACUUCAUGAAACGCUUCCCACCAGGAGAGCAGCCCGACCUGCAGCCGUGUAGCUUUACCACCGUCAACAAGAGGAGCAAAAGAGUCCACCAGGCCUCCACCUCUCCUCAGCCACUCCCAUAAUGCAACACAUCCAACAGACUCCUGCUGUGUGCAAAUAUCUACAGAAACUCUUGUUUAAAAGACACAUAGGUUAGACUUCGGACCAACCUCCUAUAAAAGUCAAAGGAUGAGGUUAAAUAAACCCUGUGUAAUCACGCAAGCAUAACCAAAGACUUCUGGGCAAGCGUCCAGAAUCUAAACCCUGACAACAAGGGGACCAAGCACUUGAGGCAUAUAUAUUCCUCGCAAAUGUGCAGUGCCACAGAUUUAGGUUUGUCUCGUCGUGACAAUGAGCAACUGAAAGUUCAAAGUGUGUUAAGUUAAACAGCACAUGUUUGCAAUCCAUUUGUGGCAAAACCUAGAAGAUGGAAAGUUCGUACUCGACACAUCAGCUGAGACCUGAGAGGUUCACGUAAAAACAUUAAAGGAUCUGCUUUGUGUGCUUAUCAAUACGUCCGGUUUGGGCCUAAUCAGAGUCCAUCAGAACGUAUUUGUCAAGAUACUCCCAGUGAAACUUUAGUUAAAGAGAUCCUGUAAAAAGAAAAAUAUCUGUCAUUUAUUCACCCUCGUGUCUUUCAAAAUCUUUUACACUUAUCUGUAGAACACAAGAGACUAUAUUUUGAGAAAUGUCUCCAUUGUUUUGUGUCCAUACAAUUUAAGUCAAUUGGGCUCAAUGUUGUUUUGUUACCAACAUAUCUUCUAUUGUGUUCUGCGAAAGAAAGUCAUAGAAGUUCUGAAAGACAUCAGGAUGAUUCAUUGUAAGAAUUUCAUCACUUUAAGGUUGGGUUUGUGGUUUGCUACCUCUAGACUUACUAUACCUGUCUUUGCCAAUCACAUCUGUUUUACAAGGACCUUUAUUUAUGGUCCAUUAUAUUCAUAAGAGCUGACGGUUUCAGACAUCAGUGAAAUACUGAAUAAAAUAUAAGAAACAAUAUUUAUAUGGACAGCAGUGAAUCUGGCCACAAAUUUAAAUGGAAUAUUUUUGCUAAUUUGUUAAGUGUUCGUAAGAUUUUCACUCGGCAUACAUUUUGUGUAUUCUUUAUGGACCAAUCUAUAAAAAGGUAUUACACAUAAAUUUGGCAAAGACUGUUACCCAAGACAACUCGCAUUGCAAUAAAGCUGUAUGUUUAUAAGCAUGCGCAUUUUCUGGGAACUAAAUCCAUGACUUUGGUGUUUCUAGCACCAUACUUUACCAGGCAAAAACAGUUUCUGAUGUGCACUGAUGUUUGAAGUCAAUGAUAGCUGGUAAAGUUAAUAUCCAGUAGUAGCCAAAACAUGGGUUGACUUUUCAAUCAAGAUAGCUACACAUGCAAGUGAUACUCCAAAUGACUCAGGAGCUUCUAGCCCUGUAUGUAACAUUAUACAAAAACUGCAAUUUACUCUGCCCCUAAAAUCUUGAGAUGAAAUAUUUUGAUACUGUUCGUGUUAUUAAAAUAUUUAUUUUGUGUAUGUGCUGAUUAAUGGCUUCAUUUUGUUCAUGACAUCAUCUUCACUUGGCCCCGUUUUGUCAUAUUUCCAUGGAAAACUUAUUUUAAUUCUCUACAGCAUGUUUUAUUGCCACCUAGUGGUCUCAAAGGGAAUAAACCAUUAAAUCUAAUUGUCUUAAAGGUCUUGCAUAGCAACAGAUGCGAACCAUCUGACAAAAUUAGCUUACAUUUAAGAUUCUAUUAUUGGUCACUAACAGCAAAUUAUACAAACAGGGUACUUCCAUUCUUCAUCUAUACUUCAGAUCUUGGUUUACCCUUCUAUUUAAGAGCGUUUAGAAGCAAAAACCACUCACGCUAAAGAAACAAGUUUAAGUUUUCGUGACUUGUAGGUUCAAGUUUCUGCUACAUUCCUGAUCUCACAUAUUGUGAAGUAGCUGUCUGUCUCUCGCGGUACAGACUGACUUUGAACCUCCUUCUUUAUAAUGUCUCCAUCUCUCUCACACGUACACCCUUACAUCUCCCAUCCUGACAGCUCCCGGUGUGAGUCUGCAAUCAUUCAUACUAAUGACUGAAUCCAUGGAAUUCCAUUCUGCGUUUCACACAGUACGGAUUAAGAUAAACUAUUAGAGCUCCUCAUAUUUUAUUACUGAAGACUAAAAAUUGCUAGACAUUUAAACAUUGCUCUAGGUAUGAAGCGUUGAAACAAUCUUCCAAAUUGGAUUCAUAUUGUGCCCGUUGCUAUAGAGCGGAUCGUAAAAGCUGAAAUCAAAUAAGACUUCACCAUUGGAUGAAAAUUAAAGCACUGCCAAUUUCCACAUUUUCUGAGCAGGAGGUAAACUUAAAUAUUUGAACAGCAGCCCUGC